CUUUCAGAUACGGGCUGAAGUCCAGGCCUAGAAGGGAGAGGCCUGGGACCCAUUCUUAGGGGUCUAGCCUGUGCUCCACCGCUUGUGGCCCUGGCCAGCCCAGAUCUGUACUCCCCAGGAUACCCGCCCACUGCCCCAAGGCUGAUGUGAACCAAAUCCUGCCUCCAGCUUGUUCCAGCCAGUGCCACAGACCCCAGCCCUACAGAGGAAUCCUGCCACAGCAGAACUGGCUUCUUUGGCUUUGUAAGCCCUCCACGGAUGUCUCCCCUCUCAAGCAUGAAGGUCUUCCUGCCAGUGCUGCUGGCUGCCCUCCUGGGUGUGGAGCAAGCCCUCUCCCUCAUGUGCUUCUCCUGCACCACUCAGAAGAGCAAUUUCUACUGCCUUUGGCCAGUCAUCUGCUCCAACAUUGACAAUUACUGUGUGACUCUAUCUACCUCUGCUGGCAUUGGGAAAAUUGUGGACUAUGGCUACAGCCUGAGCAAGGGCUGCUCCCCUACCUGCCCUGGUUCGAUCUCUGGCAUGUUCGUGAGAGCUGUGGACAGCAGAUGCUGCUCAACCUCCCUGUGCAACUUCAGUGCUGCUAGAGGUGGGCCUGAGGCCAGCACCUCACUGCUGAGCCUUGGGCUUCUGCUCAGCCUGCUGUCGGCCAUGCUAUGGCUGGCACCCUGAGCUCCUUUGCCUAGUACCCCCACGCUCCCCCAGCUCUGGAAGAAAAAUCCAGCCUCUUCCAGACACCAAGAGGCUAUUGGAGCAUCUAGCUCCUCUUCAUGCCUGAUCUACCCUCUUGGCCCCUGGGCCCAGCCCACCACUGCCCCAGUGCCAGCCACCUCAUUUCUGGGCUCGGCUAUGUCCCCCUGAAGUUUUAAGGUCUUAGGAAUGGAGCUUAGUCCUGUAGAUACACAAGAGGAACACCUAAACCCCAUGUCUUCUUGGUAGGUUUUUGAGAGGGGGGAUAUGUUGGGGAGGGCAGGACAAGAUCAGGCCCAGUGGGGUCACCUGAGAAAGCUCCUUACCCUGGCAUUUCUGCACACACAAUGCACUAACUUCAUGGUGUUAGUAAUGGCUUCAGCUCCAGGCACCCACCCCAGAUUCAGCUGAGCUCCUGUCUGACCCGCCCUCACAUGGGUGCCCUUCUGCUGCUUUAGUGCCUCAAAUAAAAGAUGC